AACAACGUUGAAAUUGAACCAGAAACAAUGCUGAUGACGGUAAGAACUAGAUGUAUUGAAAUAGUGAAUGAUGCAAGUAUGAUUGAUUUCACUGAUCGUAAUAAAGAUGAACCACAUGAGGCUACUAGACAAUCAUGA